AGAUGAUAGCAAAGAAUGCAUAUACAUUGCAUCCUUGUUAUUGGUGUAUGCAUCUCAAUCAACAAUGUUUCAUACUCCGAUGUGCAACAAAUUGAAACAUGAAACACAAAUUAGAAUUAAAACUUUUCUUGAAAAUAUUUUACCUCUUGGAAGUGAUAUCACCAAGGACACAAUGAAGGAAGUUAUUAUGGAGUUAGUAGAAGAUGCAUCAAGUACUCCAAGUAGCCGCCAAACGCCGCCUCUUAAGGACUUUGUUAAGUCCCCUAUUAUGCGUUCGGCACAUAGUAGCUAUAAAAUUAUGACCGAACGAACCCGAGAAUUAAGAGAUUUAAGAUGUAACUUGGACAUAGAACGAUUUAAAAAUGCCGAACUACAGGACGAUUUAAAAAUAUAUCAGGAAAAAAUACAGAAUUUAAAGAUGAAACUUGAGAUAAACACAACGCAAUUAAAGGCAUUGCGAGACGAACGAAUGAAGCCGAAUACUCCUCAACCUUCUCAUAAAAGGGAGAAUAUCUCGUCAUGUGAGGACUAUUACAAGAAGUAUAUCGAUGACUUGGAGAUUCAAUUGAGCAAACAGCAGGAUGAAAUGGAUAAUUUGGAGAUGGAGAGGGAUACUCUAUCAAAGACGCUAGCUUCUGUGCAAAGGCAAUCUACACAGUACAAAGAUAACCUUGUAACCUACGAACGGUCCUUAGAAUCUUUAUCGCGUAAAAUGGAAAUGAAAGACAGAGAUCUGAUAGAACUCAGAAUGCAUAAUGAAGAAUUGCGCGUCCAUCUAAGAGAACUUAAUAAAAAUUCCAUUACAGAACAAAGUUUUGAAAUUGAGGACUCCGUGAUAUCAUCACUUCCUACCGCCUGUGUGUCAUUGAACAAUAGUGAAGCCCUGAGUUCUGUGAUUGAAAUCCAACUCCAAGAAGCUAAAGAAGAAUCUGCUGUAUUGCAAGCUCAAGUUGAUUCUUUGAAAGGAAAGCUGGAUGUACUUACAAAGAAUCACAAGGAUGUGAUACAAUUAAAUCAAGAUUUGCAGCAGAAAGUGCAAAUAUUAGAUAAAGUUCAAAUCAAGUUAAAUGAUGUGCAGAAGGAAUUACAUACAUCAAACAUGGAUAUAAAAAAUUUACAAGUAGAGAAAGUAUCUAUUAUUGCUCAUAAUGAGGAACUGAAAAGUUUACUUUUAUCGAGGGAAAAGGAACUUUCUGAAACAGUACAGUCAAAUACUGCACUGAAUACAAAACUGGAUAAUUUAAAGACAGGCAUGGAACACUUGAAUGAAUUGCUUGGAAAUGAGAAGACUGAUUCUUCAGAUUUAAGUAGCAUUCUUGAUCUAGUAAAAUCACAAGUAACCGAACAUCUGACACACAUUCAUAAGAUAACUGACGAAAGAGAUUUGUACAGAUCUUCCAUCGAUACCUGUACUAACAAUUUAAAGGCCAUUUUAUAUUACGUUGGCAAUCAAUUUAUUGAAGUUGUAACUGAUAAUUUAGAUAAUAUGACGCUGAAUGAACUUAUACUUUAUUUUAAUGUUAUGCUGUCAAAUUACAAUUCAGUAUGUGCUUCAUAUAAAUGUGAUGUUGAGAAAUUAAAAGAAACGAUAGAUGAAAUAAAUGCAAACCUGCAUAACCAACAAUUAACCGUUGCAACUUUAAACGAGCAAAAUCAACAGACUCUCGUGGAGUUAGCUAAUAUUGAAAAAGACGGAAAGCAAAAGGAUUUACUGUUGAAUGAACAAAAAGAAACUAUUCACAAAUAUUCACAGGAGAUCGAAGUUUUAAAGGAGAUCGCGAACGAGAAAUGUAUUCUGGAAGAAGAUGUACGUAGAUUGACGGAAGAUUUAGCUAAUCGACAAUUAUUGUUGAAAUCUACCAUGACAUAUUUUGGAAGACUCCAGGAUAUAACGAAAGAUUUCAAAUUAAUAAAACAAGAAAUUCAACAGAGGUUUGUCGAAUAUCAAGAAAAUGUUAAAGUAACAUGUGAAAGAAUACAUAAUAACUAUCAGACGUUACACCAUAAAUUAUGCCAAAUGAAACAAGAAACAGAGGAGUUGCAGAGUAAUUUUAAUCGCACUAAGGAGGUAUUAGCAGACACUCAAGCAAUAAAUUUUACAUUGCAAGAAAACCUAUUGCAAUAUCAAAAGCAAAUAAGUGCUUUAGAAGAAAUAGAAAAAUUUCUCUGUAAUGAUUUAAAUGAGUCUAAACAAAAUUUACAGGAAUUACAGGAAACGAAUCGCACAUUAGAGGAGCAAUAUACAGUGCUAAAAAUUGAAACAAAUAACAAUUUAAAAAGUCUAGAGUUAGAGAAUGCUAAGAUGUCAUUGGAAUUAAAGGAAUCUGUUGUUAAAUAUAAUGUAUUACAGCAAGACAUGAAUCAUACAAUGACACAAAUAGAACUGAAAGAUGCGCAAAUUAACGAAUUACUUUCAAGCAUUUCUUCUUUAAAUGCCGAAAAAGAUCACUUGAUAUGCUUGCACGAAGAAAUGUUCGCUGCGAAAGAUAAGGAAAUGGAAUUAAAAGAGAAAGCAUUGCAGAUGCUACAAAAUAAAGUGGAAAAGUCAAUGAACGAAGCAAGUGAAUCAGAGAAGAAAAUGAAGGAGAUAAUUAUUAAUCUUCAAGAAGUAAGAUCUAGUCAGGAUGCCGUAUUGACUACUCAAGAAACGGCUCUGAAAGAAAAAUGUCUGUACAUAGAAGAACUUCAAGAACAAUUUGAUAAGUUUAAGGGAGCACUGAAGGAAGAACUUGAAAAUGAAAAGCUGCUGCAUCGCGAAUUGCAAGUGAAAUUUUUAGCACUAGAAGAUCAGAUUCACGACCGAAACAUGACUGUAGAAGAAUUGCAAAAAAAGCUAGAAGAAAUAAACGGAGAGCUUAAAGUAAGCAAUGAUCAUUGUAGAUACAUGGAUGCGAGUCAAGUAAGCAUCGUAAAACUGUGUCAAGAACUGGAACAUCCAACUAAAGAUUUGAACUCUACAAUUAUACAGAUAUGUUCAGAUUUCGAUAUUCUUGAUCAGAACUUAUAUGACACGUCACAAUAUGAGUGCGCAAACAACGACAAAAGAACUGAAGAUGUUCUGAAUAUUAUUAAGAUGACCCUUCAAGAAUUACACUUAUCUCAGAAAGUAAUAUCGCACUUGUCUUUCACGUUAAACGAAACACUGGAAGAACAAAAGAUACUAAGAGAAAAUAGUAAAAAGGACAAGAAAGAAGUCUGCGGUUUAAGAAACAAAAUACGAGAAUUGGAAAUAAUAACACAGAAACGGAACGAUUAUCUCAAUAAUGUCAUAAGAAGUAAAGAAACGCUGAAGGAUUUUGUACGAAAAGCUUUUACCUCGCGCAAUGACAUAGAUACUGUUUUAUCAUCGUCCGUGCAAAAGUGGAGCGAGAUACUGGCCAAAUUUCAGAAUAUUUUACACAAUGAGAACCCUGCUUGCGACCAGUUCAAACAAUUACAAGCUAAAAGAGCAAGUCUUGAAAAUGCACUAUCCAAGUAUCGUAUAGAACAUUUAGAAAACAUUAAAUGCAUAUCUGAUAUUUUAUGGGAGAAGUUUUUGUGGACGGAAAAGAGACUGCAAGAUACCUACUUAUGUUCAGUGCAUGAGAAGGAAUGUCUGGACGCAUUAACGAAUGUGGAGGAAGAAAAGUUCUCUGAUGAGAAAAUCGCAGUAGACGCGGAAUUGGAGAAAAAUAAAGCACUGUGUAACAAUAUACUGAAGUCGGAGGAAGAAAUACAGUCUUUCAUCGCUUUAGCUACCUCGUACGAGAAAGGACUGGAAUCUGGGGAAGUCAAGACUCAGGACACCGACAAAAAAUUGCAGAGUCAAAUCAGUCAGCUGAAUAAGGAAAGGAAAGAUCUGAAGGGCAAAAUAGAUUCCAUGCGUUCGAGGAAUGUGAAGCUGGAGAAAAAUAUGGAUGAUCUUAGAGCGGAACUAAAGAAAUUGAAGUCGGAGACGGAGUCAACGGCAGAUCUGGGAGAAGUGCAAUCCCUAAAGGACGAACUGGAACGUACGAAAGAACAAAUCCAGCAGUUACACGAAGAAAAGGACAAGUCAGACAAGACUGCGAAGCAAGAACUCGAAGACCAACUGAAAGAAGUUCAUACUACGUACGAACAGAAACUGGAAGACAUGAAGCAAAGAAUGAAAAAAGUCUACAACGAGCAAAUGACGAAAUUAAACAGCGACCAGGAAAAAAUUGUACGAGAAAAGUUGCAGAGCCAAAUGGAGUCGAUGUGCCAGAAGCAAAGAGAAGAGAUUAAUAAGUACAAAACGCACGUCGGAGAAUUGAGCUCGCAACUUUGGAGCGUGGGGGAGAAACUUCUAAUUGAGCAGCAACAGAAGCAGGAGGCAUUACAACACUUAAAAGAAGUGCAAGUCAAGCUGAAGGAAAUCGAAACAGGCCAGCAAAUGUCCACGAUUUCACGCAGAACCAAACUGGAGAGGCAAGAGGUGAUGCCUGAAAACGCACAGCAAACAACGCACAAAGUUACGGUGAUAACGAAGGAAACAUUCGAAAGGAGGCAGAGCGUUAGAAGUUUACAAGCAAUGGGCAACGCAUUUAAAGCGGAAGAUGAGGAAGAGAUCUUUGACAAUGUAUAUCUAGCCGACAUGAAGAGAGGCCCUGAUUUGCUCAGUACGGACGUCGAUCGCUUGUCUAUUUUACAAAUGAGAAACGCCCAGUGCAAACCUCAUUUGAAAUCAUCUUAUCCAGCGGAAAUGCAAUUCCUUCCUUCAAGCUUGACCGAAGAAGAGAUCAAAUCGGGUUCCACAACGGAAGACAUCUUUAACGACAGUCUCAGUCAAAGUCUUCUCCCAGAGCAAAAGACAAAGAAAAAAGAUAGAUCUCAGACGUCGUACAAAAAACCUGGUCCUCCGACACCAAGCAAGAACGGAGGCAGAUUGUCGUUGCAGGGUAAUGAGUUAAAAAGUCCGAAUUCACGCAUCUUAAGGGAGCGCAAUGUCGAUAGAAGAACAACGACCACUCCUCAUUCAUUGAGGCAUCUGUUCACAUUAAAACGUCAAGACGAAAACGUAUCCAGCACACCGAAAGGUCGCAAACUCAGUAGUAUUUUCCGCAAACCUCGUAUGCAAUAGGGUGAUGCUCUUCACGAUCACGUCACACUGUGCAAAGAAUUAAUUUAUUGUUAUAUACCGUAUAUAUAACAAUAAAUUAACAUCAUGUCACACCGUGUACAAAGAGUUAACUUAUCGUUGUAUACAGUAUACAGUAUAUGUAACAAUAAAUUAACAUACAUAAAAAUUAGAAGCUUUGUGUUAAUUACCACAAAGUAUUCUCUUAUCUAUGUGAGCAGUAUUGCUUAGAGAU